CCCAUCACCUGCCUGCCGCCAUGGGGAGCCAUCAGGACUUCCGGAGCCUUCAAGCAAAGUUCCAGGCCGCUCAGCCUGAGCCCAGUGAACUCCCCCCAAAAUCUCCAAAGCCUGAGUUCAAGAAACUCCCCAAAAAGUUUCCACAGCCCGAGUUCACUGAUCUGCCCAGGAAGCCCCCACAGCCCGAGUUCACUGAUCUGCCCAGGAAGCCCCCACAGCCCGAGUUCACUGAUCUGCCCAGGAAGCCCCCACAGCCCAGGUUCACUGAUCUGCCCAAGAAGCCCUCCAAACCUGAGUUCAGUGAACUCUACAAGAAGUUCCCACCACUGGAGGCCACUGUGCUCCCCAGGAAGCCCCUGCAGCCUGAGGUCAGUGAGGCCCCUCACAAGGCCUUACAGCUGGAGCCCAGUGCACUUGCCCAGAAGCCCCAGCAGCCUGACCUCAGCAACCCCACCAGGCCUCCCACAGAACCCAAAUUCACUACAUUCCCCAGAAAGUCCUGGCAGCCUGAGUCCAAUGAGGCUAUCCUGAAGGCCUCACAGCCCGAGUUCAGUAACUUCCCAAAGAAGCCCCCACACCCUGAGUUCAGAAAGCCCCAGCAGCCUCAGAUGCCCCCCUGGAAGCCUGAGACCAGUGAGCCCCACCCCAACUUUUCACAGCCUGACUUCAGUGCCUUUCCAAAAAAGACCCCACCACCUCAGCUGAGUAACCUCCCCAGGACGUCCUCAGAGCCCGAGGUCUGUGUGUUUCCCAAGAGACCCCAGCAGUCUGAAUUCAAAGCACUUUCUAAGCCCCCAAAGCCCAAGCUGGACAGCCUCCCCAGGACAUCCUCAGAGCCCGAGAUCAGCUUAUACCCCAGGAAGUUUCCACAAUCAGAGGGCCAGGGGACCCCCCGCAAGUUUUCACAGCCUGAAACCAAUGCUCUGCCCAAGAAGCCCCGGCAGGCAGUGUUCUUUGGGGAUCACUCUAGAAAGCCCCCACUGCCUGGCUCUGUUUCGGAGAGCUCCCUGCCCAAGGCUGUUGCGGGCUCCAGCCCCAGAUUCCCACUCAGCCCAGGGUUUGGAGCGAGGCAACAGAAGUCAGGAGUUCUCGUUCAUGGUAGAGGGUCAAGGCUGGGCCUCAAACCCGGCCACCCACCACGGCAGAGGCCUCUGCCUCCAGUCAGCAGCCUGGGACCUCCGCCAGCCAAACCCCCGCUGCCCCCGGGCCUCAAGGAUGUCCAGAGCUUUCAGAGACCCUCAGCAGCAGUCACAAAUCUACAGAAGACCUGCUCUUCUGCUGGAAUCCACUUCCAGGCCAGACAGCCUAAGGCUAUCCUGCAGGACUCAGAGGAGAUCUACGAGCUGUACGAUGAUGUGGAGCUGACAGACUGCAGCCCCAGCCCCAAGGGCAAAGGUGAAGUGCCAUCUAUCCAGCAACCCCCCAGGAAGCCACCACAAGACCCUGAGCUCAGGAAAGAAAAGCCUCCUCAGCCACAGCAGUUGCUGCCUGUGGACCCUAAGGCCCUGAAGAAAAUCCGGAAGGCUGAGAAAGCUGAGAGGGAAUUCCGGAAGAAGUUCAAGUUUGAGGGGGAGAUUGUGAUUCAGACAAAGAUGAUGAUUGACCCCAAUGCCAAGACACGGCGUGGGGGUGGGAAGCACCUGGGGAUCCGGCGUGGGGAGAUCCUGGAGGUGAUCGAGUUCACCAACAAGGAAGAGAUGCUGUGCCGGGAUACCAAGGGCAAGUAUGGCUACGUGCCCAGAAUUGCAUUGCUGCCCUUGGAAACGGAGGUGUAUGACGACGUUGGCUUCUGGGACCCUCUAGAAAGCCAAGCAUUCCCGAGAGGACAAUAAAGCCUGCAGGUGUGGGGACCCAGGACAACCACCAACCCAAAAAUCCUGGAUCCCAGCUUAGAGGCCACAGAACUGCCAAGAAUCAUUCCUGACCACAUACAUGGACCACAUAAA